AUGAGUAGUGGAUUUGUGAGCGAGGCAGAUCUCCAGAAACAGCGUGAAUUGCGCCAGCAAGAAUGGGAGAAAGUCCGAACAGAGGAUCAACCAAUUGAGGCUCCUGAGCCAGAAUAUGACAACAGAACCCUCUAUGAUCGACUUCAGGAGCAAAAAGAUAAGAAACAAGAGGAGUGGGAUGAGUCUAGAAAGUUCAAGAACCAGAUAAAGAACCUGGAUGAAGAUGAAUGCAAUUUCCUCGACAUGGUUGACAAAACGAAAUCUGAUCAGGAGGUCAAAAUAAGGAAGGAAGAAAACAGAGAACUGGAAGAAUUCAGGAAGGAGCAGGCGUCGGCGGAGGAGCGGGCCGAGGAGCAGCGUCUGAAGGCGGAGGUGCAGCGGACAGCGGCGGCGCCAGCCCGACCGGCCGGCACCAAACGCUCGCAGAGCCAGCUGCUGUGCGCCGGCGUGCUCCCCGGCGUCGGCGCCUACACGGACUCGAGUGACUCGGACUCCGAUGCCUCCAGCGACAUCUCGUGGCCGAAGCCGGCCAAGAUCGUGGUCAGCUCGGCCAGCACGGCCGAGUCGCACAAGGGCCACGGCGCCGGCUGCGGCGCCAACUGCAAGGGAUGAGCCGUGCCGCCGCUUGGCGCGUGGGGACGGUGACCGCCCCUGCCGCUGGCUGUGCUGGCGUAGAGACGACCUGCCGAGGCUGUGGUGCGGCCUGUGAUGUGGACGCGCUCAGGUCGGCGUGGGUGGAAGGUGGAGCGUGGACUAUGCGGCGGCGGUGGAGGUUCGCUGUGCAGGAGAUCACGUGCGUCUCCCGUCCGUGGUGUUCGGGUCUGAGUCUCGCCCGAGAGUGAAGCCGCUCUUCUGGUAGCGACAGUCGUGCUGAUAUAGCUCGAUGUCUGAAAUCGUUCCUGGCAAUGCGAGAGGUGCCUUGUCGGAACGGAAGUCGUUUUGGUGACUUGCCAGGCAGUCCUAGUGGUCGAAGGAGACAGCGGACCACGAGACAGUGAGCUGGGAGUUG